AUGGGUAAAGGACGCAAAGCUAUCAUUGGCAAUGCCGACAACUUCUGGCUGCACUCUUCGAAGGAAAACAGUUUUGAUCUCACGCAUCCUGAAUCACCCUCUAGCGAAGCAAUCUCACCAAGGCUCGACCUGACCACCUCAACUACGCCUAUCAUUCUGGAUCCGCAAAAGACAGCCCUCGUCAUCAUUGACAUGCAGAAUUUCUUCUUGUCAGAAGGAUUCGGGAGGAAGAGAGGCGCUGGUCAUGAUGCAGCCAAGAACUUGGAGCAAUACGCCAUCCCUGCAGCGAGGAAAGCGGGCAUGCAAGUCAUCUGGCUGAAUUGGGGGUUGACAGAUCAAGACAUCGACGCCAUGCCCCCUGCAAUCAAACGCGCCUUCGGUUUCCGAAGUNNCCUCGUGGAUGACGAAGAUGAAGAAGUGGAAGCCGAAACCGCCGAAGGAGAUGUCUUCCGAGACCAAAAUGGAGAAGCCGGCACCCCAAAGGCCAAGCCUCAGGACACUGUCGUACUUGAGAAUGGCAAGGAUAAACGCAUCUACAAGGGUCUCGGAUCCUGGUGCGGAGAGUUGACGCUUGCAGAUGGCACAACUGUUGAUGCAGGGCGUUUGCUCAUGCGUGAUGCUUGGAACUCUGCUCUAUACCCUCCUCUCGACACUUUGUACGCAGAAGGUCUUGAUUUGCCCUCUAAACCCGAUGUCUGGAUCCACAAGGAUCGCAUGAGCGGUAUGUGGGGUGCUCGCACCGACUGUGAGGACUUCUUGCAAGAGAAAGGAAUCCGCAGUUUGCUCUUUGCCGGAGUCAACACCGAUCAAUGCGUCAGUGGUACCUUCACAGAUGCAUUCAGCAAGGGUUAUGACUGCGUGAUGCUCAGGGACGCAUGUGGUACUACGAGCCCAGAAUUCUCACAGCAGUGCAUCGAGUUCAAUGCGGCAAAGAGCUGGGGCUUCGUAGCUACGUGCGAGGACCUAGCGAGAGGUGUAAAGAAGAUGGCCGCCAAAUAG